AUGUCAGCAAAGAAAAAAGAAACCAUGGAUCCUCAGCAACGGCGAACAGAAACUGGUCCCCGUCCUCCAGUCGGAGAACCCGGCGGCGAUGUGACUUCGAUUUUCUUUGCCUUCGGUGUUUUCAUUGCAAUCGCCGCUUUGGUCAUGUUCCCUUCAUCGUUGGUGCACCAAGUCCCUGAAGGUCACGUUGGAGCAUAUUGGAGAGGUGGUGCUCUUCUUAACAUGAUCACAGAGCCAGGUUUCCAUCUGAAGCUUCCUUUCAUAACAAACUAUGAGCCUGUUCAAGUUACUCUCCAAACAGAUCAGGUUAAGGAUAUACCUUGUGGUACCAAAGGAGGUGUCAUGAUUACCUUUGAGAAGAUUGAGGUUGUUAAUCGUCUGCGUAAGGAUUAUGUCAUUGACACUUUGCUCAACUAUGGUGUGGACUAUGAUAACACAUGGAUAUAUGACAAGAUUCAUCAUGAGAUCAACCAGUUCUGCAGCUCUCACUCGCUUCAGCAAGUCUACAUUGACAUCUUUGACCAGAUUGAUGAACGAAUGAAAGAGGCUCUUCAGGCUGAUUGCACUCGCUAUGCUCCAGGAAUUGAAAUUAUUAGUGUGCGUGUCACAAAGCCUAAAAUUCCAGAGAGUGUAAGGCGGAACUUUGAGCAAAUGGAAGAGGAACGCACAAAGGUCUUGAUUGCUAUUGAGAAACAAAGAGUUGCUGAGAAAGAGGCAGAGACAAAGAAGAUAAUGGCUAUUAGUGAAGCCGAGAAGAACGCCAAUGUUAGUAUGAUUCUGAUGCAACAGAAGCUGACUGAGAAAGACAGUUCACGGAGAGAAGCAGAUAUCGAGAAUCAGAUGUACCUUGAUCGUCAAAAGAGUCUUGCGGAUGCAGAUUACUACCGUGUACUGAAAGAAGCUGAAGCAAACAAGUUGAAGCUCACUCCUGAAUUUCUCGAGCUCAAAUUCAUCGAUGCCAUUGCACGUAACACCAAAAUGUUCUUCGGAGACAAGGUACCUAACAUGGUGUUGGAUCAAAGGCUACUUGGGAACUUCCUCAACCAUUCGACAAAAGACAAAUCUAGUGAUGGAAACUCGGAAACGGCCACUGAUUCAUAG